CCACCCAGUGGAAAACAAUAUAUUGUAACACCGUUAAACGCGAUGGCGGCAGCUGGCAUUCAGACACAAACAUACCAUGUCAUACACUGCCUAUUACAAAAUGAACACGAUAUUAAUAUGAUGGAGACUGAUGGUCCUGAAGAUGAUAACUCAUUUGACCCUGUAAAAAUAGCCUCUAAGCUCAGGGAACUGGGUGAUGAUUAUGAUGAGAAAGUGAUCCAGCCACUGAUGAAGAAUGUACAGAGUGCUUCAGCCGAUCAGGUGUUGACUGUGUUCAGUGAUAGCGUGGACAGCCUGUGUAAGACGUGGGUUGUGGAAAGAGCAGAAGUGGUCUCAGAGAAGCAGCUCCUCAAGGCUGCCAUCACCCUGGGACUCUUUAUGAAGAAAAACUGCCCUUCCAUGACGAAUGUAGUUGAGGAUGCUAUGAUGGGAUUUGUCAACAACCGUCUAACAAACUGGAUUGCAGAGCAAGGGGGCUGGGUCUCUGUGGCUAAGAACAGCAAGUGUUGAGGUCGGAUCUCAUUGUCUCAUUCUCUGAAAGAUUCUCAAUCAUUUCUCUAAAGUUUGAUUUGUAAUACAGGAUAAACUGUAAAUGGUGCUCUUUUCAGACAAUCACAGAGUGUAACUCUAAUACAGAUAUUUGUUCGACUGUUUCAACUGAUGCAUGGAUUCUCAAUCAACAAUGUUUUUUUAAAUAAUAUACUUGUUUAUCUUCUGAUUUAGUCAGAUUCUGACAUAUUUCUUUACAUCACCGAUGUAACUCACAAGUGUGCAUCUGGAGUAAAACCGGAAUGCUAUUUGAAAUCCUUUGAAAUGAUCACUUUGAACAAAUGUAUCAGUCUCAUAGGGACAUGUGUGUUGUAAUAAACUUUUGUGACAUUUUUAAAUGUUAGUCUUCCUUCACAAGAGAUAAAAUAAAUAUGGGGUGGACAUGUUCAGCA